UUUCGGCUGGACAGGCGGUUUGAACGUGGGUUACAGGAUUCCGCUGCUGUUUCAUUUAAACUUUGCGAGUUCCGGAGUCGGACGUGCGUGCGCGUGUCUCAAGAAAGGAAAUUGUAAUUCGUACGUGAAAAACAGUUUGCGUAGCAAACGUACCAUAAAUCGAAACGUUCCAAACCCCCCCCUUGCUGGGGUUCGCGUGCAUAAGAAGUGAAUGUAGUUAUGUGUGUGUUUAUGUGAAAAUAGUGCAAUCCUAACAACAACGAGCAACAACAAUAAAAAAUCUGCAUCGAAAGUGAAAUCAAUCGGCUACCGGUCUAGCCUCUCAGCGUAUGGGCAAACCGUACCGGAAGUGAACCGAAGUGAAUCGACCAUUGGCGCUAGUGCAGGAAACGGGGCGCUUUACCACCCCACAGUGGGAAAAAGUUAAUUAAUCCAAAUAUUGGUUCACUUUCGUUCAACACAUACACACAUACAGAUAGUCAUUACAGCUCUGGAAGGGUGGUCAAAGUUUUAGCAAACGAAAUCGAUCCGUUCGACAUCCGGCAAGGGUUCGUAACGGAGGACGAUCAAAGUUUCCGAUCGAUCGGUGUUAGUCGACAAUCUCACCAGCUUAGCAGCAUCAGCUGGCAACGGCAGCAAAAUGGAAACGGAGGAAAUCAUCAAACUGGUCGACGGGAUCUAUAAGAACAUAUUGGAAAAGUUCAAUCCCGGAGCACGACAGUUGAUCAGCGCUGGCAAGGCGUACCUGAAGGCACUGCAUGGAGCGUCCACCGCAUCGAACGUUUUCAACGAGGCACUCGCCAAGAUCGCCGUCAAUGCACAACAGGGAGGAACCAUCGACAUUGGUUCCGCCUUGAUGAACAUUGUCGGUGUGUACAAAGAGAUUCAGGAUCAGCACAUGAAUAUCCUGAAAGCAUUCUACGUCGAUCUGCUAGUGCCGCUGGAAACGAAUCUCGAGAAAGACACCAAGGUGGUACAGUUCGAGCAGAAGAAGUUUCUCCAGCAGCACAAGAUGCGCUCGGACAGCUACAGCAAGGCGGCCGCAACGAUGAAGAAGUACCGUAAGAAGAAUUCGAAAAACACACCCAAGGAGGCGGAGAAGGAAAUCAAAAGCAUCCAAGCGUUCGAGGAGGAAAAGCAUAAACUGGACCAGUUCUGUGAGCAAAGUUUGAAGAACGCAAUGACACAGGAACGGCGCCGGUACGGGUUCGUGCUGGAGCGCCAAUGUUCGCUGGCAAAGCACUGGAUGGCGUACCAUCACUCCGGCCACAUGAUCAUCGAGAAGUCGCUCGACAACUGGAACGAUGUGGCGGCGACACGCGAAUUUCUGCCACCGAAUGUGGAGAACAUGUUUACCGCGAAGCAAACGCUGCGGGACGUGGAGGAUGACGAUGACGAUGAUCGGGAGUCGAUCGCGUCCCAGCUGCGCAAGACACGCUCCAUUGAUGCCUCCUGUCUCGAUAUGCGAUCGCUAGCGGACGUCGCUAACAGCACGCUCCAGAUGCCGCGGGCCAAGUCCGAGUUUAAUCUGAACAACAACACGGGCACACUGCUGGGUGGUCACCAUCACCAUCAUCACCAUCACGGGAUGAUGAUGAUGGGCGGUGGUGCGGGUAGUAUGGUCGGUGGUGGUGGUGGUGGUGGUGGUAGUAAUGGUAAACCGGACAUUUCACACUGGGAACGGCCCACGGUAAAGGCGCUGUAUGCGUACCUGUCGUCGGGCGAGAACCAGCUGAGCUUUCUCGAGGGUGACCGUAUCGCGCUGGUGGGCGAUCGGGCCAAGGGUUGGCAGUUUGGAGAGAACCUACGUACGCAAAAGUUCGGCUGGUUCCCGAUUGCCUACACGGAGACCGAGCGUGACGACAAGGAAAGCAUUAGCGAGUGGGUGAAGGCUCCACCCAGCGAUAUCGAGCUGGAUCAUACACCGGACACAUCGCUCGACAGUACGCUGGUCGAUGACAGUCUGACGAAGAUGUCGGGUUCAUACCAUGGCGGUGAGGAUGCAUCUCCAACGCGCAUGUUCGGCGACACGAUUCAGUAUCGCCAGUCGAAGCAAUUCCGACGACUGUCACGCGGUGAAAAGCCACCCAAGCCAGGACCACCGCCACAGUUGCCGGCUCCCGUACCGACACCGGUCGUACCGAACAGCUACAACGGUGGCAAACAGCAGCAACGUCACGAUGGAGCAUCCGGAUCUGGUGGAUCGGGUGGAAUUCCACAGUCGAACAGCUUCUCCUCGGCAGGUGCACCUCCAAUGACAUCGGAUAAACGUAAAUCGGGUUCGGCGACGAUGAACUUCAGCAAGCCGCCAUCGAGCAGCAAUCCGAAGCAAAAACGGCAAAGUAACGGAAUGGCCAGUGCCUCGCUGCAUAGCAGCAAUGAUAGUGGAUUCUCUAACGAGCCACAACCGCAACCGGAAGCCGAUCUGUAUUCGGACGAGGAACCAGUUAAUCGAGUGCCAAUAAGAUCUGCCCGCUCGGAAAAGAACUUGCUGAAUGACCAGUCGACCCUGACUCGCCAAGGUGGUCGUGAUAGCAGCGUGCCUUCACCACGCUACCACGAUGAGGACGAUAUUUACGGCACUAUAGUACCACCGCGGCCACGGCACCAGAGCCAGAUGAUGAUGCGCCAGGCCAACAGCUACGGUAACAUUGCCGAAAGCAACUCGGGAACGCUUGAGUACGGAUAUCGUUCACGCAAUCGGAUGUCUUCGGAAAAUCAUCCCAACCAGAGUGACUCGCAGAAGAUUAAGCGCACGAAAUCGUUUUGGAAGUUCUCGAAAUCCGAGGACCAUAUCCUGGAAGGGAUGGCUAUGUGGAAGCACAACGACAUUAUACCGACCGGGCGUGAAAAGCGUGAGAUGGAGAAGAAGGAAGCUACGCUGAAGCGCAACAUGCGCAAGAAGGAACAGAUCGAGAAGCAGAAACAGAAGGAAAUGAUUGCGGCCAAGGCAGAAGAGGAACAACAGCAGCAACAACAGCAGCAACAGCAGCAACGUCGCAAGGAUAAUUCACGAGGUAAUGCCAACGGUAUGAUGGACACUGAAAGCAACACAAGCACACUCGUUCGGAGCAACAAUCGCGAAUCACGUGAUCGUGAACGAGAUCUUCGUGAACCGGCACGUGAACGACCGCACAGUAUCGCACUGAUGCCGGAGCAGGAAAAGUUCCCGAUCACCAAAUCGGACAUCGAUAAGCGCAUCUCGAAGAUUGAUCAGGAGUUCCACCAGCAGCAGAAGAAGGCAAGUCGCGGUGGACAGGACGAGGAGCGUGGAGGUCGUGCGGGCCGUGACCGAAGCGGUGGUGAUCGCAAGCAGUCGAAGGGAGGUGGUAAAAAUGACACCAACAAUAACAACCGCCAUAGUUACGCUGGGGAACAUCUGCACCGUCAGCACCAGGAGCAAGAACUGUACGGUGAAGCACCGAUGGGUGGUAAGCAGGGCAAGCAAGACAAGUAUCGUACGACGGAACGUGAGACAAACAAGAACCGGAACAAUGAUGCCCUGAACAAGUACUAUCAGGAUCAAACAUUUGAUGACUUCUCGAUCAUUCCGGCUGAUUCGAUCAUGAUGCAGGACACAAGCUUCUACGAUGACGAUGGCAUGAUGGAUGAUAUGAUGCUGAUGAAGACGGUCCGUCGUAAGGAGAUCCUGAAGCAGUACUACUCCAGUGGCACCGACACGGAGCGCAACUCGUCCAGUUCUGACCCGUACGAUUGUAUCGUUGUGGAUGAUCAUCUGGUAGCGAAGUCUGGCCGGGAUCGGAAAGCGAACGGAGGCGAUGGAUCCAUGAUGCGCAUGAUGACUGACAGACGUGGAGACAAGAAGGAUCGCGGUAUGUCCGACGACAAGAUGGCGUUCUCCACAUUCCGUGGAGGUAUGUCGGGUGGAAAUGGAGGCCGGGGUCAGUUGGAUGAUGAUGACGAUGAUACGAUGAUGGCCUCGAUGACACUGGAUGACGAGUUGAUGGAGGAGGAACACCAGCAUCAGCAGCAGCAACAACAACAGCAGCAGCAGCAGCAACAGCAAUCUCGCCAGCAGCAGCAGACCCGGGAUCGCCGUUCAAAGAGCUCCAAGGGUAACCUGACCGAGUCGAAGUACGAAUCGGAACAGGAGUCUCGCAUCAGUGCCAAGAUGCAAAACAAUGGUCAGCAGCAGCAGCAACAGCAAAAGCGCAAGUCCACCAAAUCGAUCGCCUCGGAUGGUAAGGCGUACGGGCCAUGGUAUGACCUCUGGGGUGCGGAUAGUUCAGUCCACAACCAGAAGCUGUAAACCCGAGCACCAAACGUUUUGUUUUCCCGUAUGGUGAAUCGAUCUUUAUCGCCGGUGUAAAGAUCGUAUUUCAGCCGAAAAGCACAUCAGUACACCUUUAUCAGAACAGCAACCAUAACCUCACCAAAUCACCUAAAACACGCUCAUAUACAACGUUUCAGCAAUUCUUGCAAUUUUGCAGUAACACCACGAAGACAACAGGACACAGGACAUGCAAAAGUACGCAAAACCUUACGUACAGUUUUACUGACACACUAUUUCGGCAUAGGAAAAAAUGACCAGCGAGUCGUGACACCAGUACGUUGUUGAUCGAUUUGGAUGGACGGGACAGAUGGACGGAAUAUGAAGACAUGAUUACCACCAUGCAACCAUUCCCAAAUGCAUGCAGCGAGCUGCGGUAGCAGUUGCGGUGCGAUAUUUUAGUCUUAUUAGUCGAUAUUUAAAUCGUUCGUUUUACCUUCACCUCAGCAGAUGACCACGAAGUAAGCUACUGGUAGAUAUGUUUAAGGUUACGCUAAUUGUAAGAGCGCCGUACCCGAUGCGUACGUACGCAUCGCUCAUCCAGAUGAAAGGUUUCAGUAAGGAAUAGAUUUAGACGGUUUUACUCCGUUAAUGUUACUGUGGCUUAAGGUUCGUUUCGUUUUGUUUUACACACUUUGCCCCUUGUUUUUUUUUGCAUGUAUUAUCAAAUUUUAUUUGUGGUUGCGGGAUGUACUCCAAUGUUAUUGCUGUAUUAGUUUGUUUUUAAAUAAUGAACCGUAAUAUUUCGAUUUACAUCGUUUUCCAAAAUAGUCAGUAUUGAAUUUUACGUAUUACCUUUUUGCCCGUCCUUAUCAUCUUAUUCUGUGUAAACACGCAAAACACCCAAAUUUCACCGUUGUUUCCCUAGCAGGGUGAAUAAGGAUUUCUGCUCAAAUAAUUGAAGUUAUAAAUGAUAUGAACCAAGCGGUAGUUGUUGAAUCGAUUUAUGCUAGGAUAAGCUUUGUACUUUUACCGCAAACGAAGAAGUUAAUGUGCCAAUAGUGAAUGUGAAAUGUAUGAUGAAGCAUGAAGUUAAAGCUGCAAGAAAGGGAGAGGAUGUGAAAGAAUGGAAAAGAAGUUUAAUAUUCGUCCAUUAACAUUAGAGCUAGUGUAGCACGAUAGUCAACUAUUUCGUAACCUUAUAAAAGUGUAAUUUAAAGCUACAAGCAGUAAUGCUUGAACAUGUUCGAGAAACGGUAACCAUCCGCUCGUUGGCGGAUCGCACAGCGAAUCCAGUUAGGAUGAUUUGGAAAAGUUUUGUGUUUAUGAUUGUAUUAUCCAUUACCGUCAAUAAAGUUAUAUUAGUUAAACAAA